CUCAUUGUGUGUUAUUUUUUUCUAUGUUGGUUGGACACUGUGUUUUGAUUACGCUCAGGCAACAGGCACAUGCGGUUUACUAUCGCCACCCAGUAAUGGCGCAAUAGCGAGUUGCACAAGAGGAAAUAGGUCUGGUUCCCGAUGUCGAGUUCGAUGUCUUACCGGGUUUACACCUAUGCAGGUAUCGAGGGUGUGCAAUUGUCUCGGUGAAUUAUGUAGAUGGAAUGGAAGAAACCCAACUUGUGAACCACUCGAGUGCCGUAAGCCAGACAUAGAUGAUGGACGAAUCACAAUAGUUGAAGAAUGGGCGACAGGUUUCGCCAGUUUGGUUGAAUUUCCUUACAUACCUUCCAAUGUAUCUGAAGGAUGGGCUAUUCUCAUUGCCUUUGAUCGCCCGCUUGGUAACAAUGCUUUCUUGUCAAGCUGGUCAUCCCAACCUACAAGUGUGUCCCCAAGCCACAAUGCAUUCACACUCAAUAAUCUCCCUUAUAACAGCAACCUUGGAUCUUUAAAUUCCCACUACCGUACAUUGGUUGUAAUACAAGGUGUAGAAGGUGAAAAACCACAACGAGGUUACGUUGGACUAUUCAACGGACGGUUGACAGACGCGACCUGCCACACUCCAUCGAGACUUUCUGACUUAGAAACCUUGCCAGCUUACACAACAACUACACCUGCCCCUACAACAACUGUGGCAACUACAACAACAGAAACGCCAGCACGUCUUACCACACAGCCAGCAGCUACCACCCCAGAUGUAACAACAACCAGCACUGCUGAAACUACUGCGGCUGUUACAACUACGACAGAAGUGCCAACAACAACAACAACAACACCAGCAACCACAACAACGCCUACAACAACUACUACUACAACAACAACAACAACUACAGCAACGACAACAACAAAAAGAGCUACAACGACUGGUGCACCAUCUAAUUCAGUUCAGUUUCAAGGAAAAUCAUGCAGAAUACAAAGGAUCGGAGCUUAUAGAACAGAGGCGACUGGUUGGGUGGACAACGGAACUUCAUUCUUUAGUGGGAAACUCAAAUACAAUGUUCCUGCUGCUGUAUCGGACUGGUUGCUCGUUAUCGUGUUCCAACAACGAGUGAAACAUAUGCAGGUUUGGAGUGCUAGAGUAGCCGGCAGCAUGCGGAACGGUUACGUUUGGAAAUUAUCUGCUUUGUCGUGGAACGCAGUACUUUACCCUGGAGAACUGCAAAUGAAUUUCAUUGCUGGUUUGUGGCAGCAGACGAACGAUUACCCUUCAGGUCGAGUUUAUCUUUGCUCUUCUGAGUACAACACUGGAGAUGCAGUGGACUUGUUUCCGAACUCUAACCAUGCAAACGACGUCGAAGAGGAAGCGGAAGAAGAGGAGGAGGAAGAGGAAGAAGAAGGGGAAGAAGAAACAUCAGUUAGGACUCGUCUGCGGCCAGCAGCAGUUAGACCUCGUCCUAGUUCUCGACCAAGGGUAACAACACCGACUACGACAGCUUCCACCCAAGCUGCUACAACAGUCAACCCAUCUAGGUGCAACCCGUCUUCGCGCAACGGUGUUGUGGUGCGGAAUGCAAGGCAGACUAGACCGUCGUGGAAACGAGCAAAAGACAACACAACAUACGACUACAACGAGGUGCUACAUAAAUCCAAUCUCUUCUACAACGCACAGAGAUCAGGGGCGUUAUCUCCUAGAUACAACAGAAUAUUGUGGAGGGGAGAUUCGUGCCUAAAGGACGGCUGUUCUAUAGGAGUGGAUCUUAGCAAAGGAUGGUUUGACGCUGGCGAUUACAUAAAGUUUAUGUUCCCUAUGGCUUCGACUGUCACUCUGCUGUCGUGGGGUGGAAUUAAUUACCGACAAGCUUACUUCGAUUCCGGGACAUUAUCGAGGUUUAUCAGUUCCAUUCGGUGGGCAACGUCGUAUCUCAUCGCAGCUCAUAUUGCCCCGCAGGAACUUGUUGUGCAGGUUGGGAGUGGGAGCAGCCAUCGCUUUUGGAGUCGCCCAGAAGAAAUAACUGGUGCAAGACCUAUCUACAAAAUCACACCAACCAAACCUGGAAGUGACGUGGCAGCGGAAACAGCAGCUGCACUUGCGGCGGCCUCCGUUUUUCUGCGACCCACUCACGCCGCUAUGGCGAACGACGCAUUAGCGCAUGCGAGAACCAUUUACAGUUUUGCGAAACAGCACAGAGGGUUAUAUCACGUUUCGGUACCCCAAGCAAAGCGGUAUUACAAGUCAUAUUCCGAUGAAGAUGAAAUGAUAUGGGGAGCCGCUUGGUUGUAUAGAGCUACAGGAGAACAGAGGUAUCUGAACGAUGCCACAAGGCAGUAUUUAAGAGCGAGUGGUCCAUACCUGGUAGAAAGAGAAUUCUCAUGGGAUAGGAAAAUGAUUGGAGUUCAGGUGCUGAUGGCUAAUCUAACAGGUGAAGCCAUGUACAGGGAUAGAGUAGCGGAUUUUAUGAACAACGUGAUGAACGUAAUUCCAUCCACCCCUCAAGGAUUAAUGUGGCUGAGAAAAUGGGGCCCGAAUCGUUACGCCGCUAACGCUGCAAUGAUGGCGAUUAUGGCAAGUCAGUUGCAACCACCAUUAACAAACAGUGCAUUAUACGAACGCUGGGGUAGACGACAAAUACAUCUGCUUCUUGGCGAUUCUGGUAGAAGCUAUGUAGUUGGUUUUGGCAGAAACUAUCCUCAGAGGCCUCACCAUAGAUCAAGUUCAUGUCCGAAACCACCAGCUGUUUGCAACCAUGGUAGCGGGUUACACUCAAGAAGAAGAAACCCUUUUACUUUGUUCGGGGCAUUGGUCGGAGGUCCUGACAAACGUGGCAACUACUUAGAUAGAAGAACUAAAUACGAACAGUCGGAAGUUGGACUCGAUUAUAACGCUGGCUUCCAAUCAGCUGUUGCAGGCUUAAAACAAUUAGUGGUGGAAAGAAGACCUCCAAGACAAUCGACAACUAGAUCUGGUUAAUUUAUUGUAGUGUUUUGUAAUUAUGCGCAACUGUACAACUCGCAAUAAAACAAAUUGAGCGAAGCUGUAA